AUGCUCAGGCUUUUAAAGGACCACGGAUUGAAUUCGAGAGGGGAGGAGAUUAAUCUGGCCGGAGGCGCAGGCUCGGGGAUUGAUGCCGGGGCUGAUGGAGCAGGUUCGGGGGAAGAGGGUCCUGCUGGUGGUGGUGCUCGAGGCGGGGACUCAGGCUCGGGGCGUGUUCCUUGGAACGAGGUUCCGUUUGAUAUCCGGAUUCGGUACGAGAUUUCUGUGGUCAAACGUGCAUGGCCGAACCUAGACAAUAGGGUGAUUGCUGCAGCGAUUACAGUUAAGUACGGAAACGGAACGGGGAUAAACUUUCGAUCGCUUGACAGAAUAAGUACGUUUUACGACAAGUGGUUCGGGAUUGUUACCGCAGCGGUGCCAGAUCCGAACCUGUUACGAAUGGAGGAGGCAUUGGCUGAGUGGGUGAUUAAAGAGGAGGAGCGGGAGAAGAGGGAGGUGACUAUAGAGGAGAUUAUAGUGAAGGCGAAGGAGAUUGGGCCGGGGUAUAAGGUGCGGCCGGGUUUCAAGUAUGGCCGGUCGUGGUCGACGCGGUUUAUGAAGAGGUUCGGGCUGCUGCUGCUGUCAGGUACUACUAACGAGGAUGCUGAUAACGAGGAUGUGGGAGGAUCGCGAGGAGAGGGAGGAGAGACAAGAGAGGAGGGAGGAGGUGGGGAAGGGGGAGAGGAUGGGAUGGAGAAAGGAGACGAAGAGGAGGGAGAGGUGGAGGGAUGGGAUGGUGGGUUGAUCAGUUUUCUGAACAUGCAGAUUCGGACUGCUGAAUGGGCUGCCUGGCAGGUGUUGCAUAAGUCGGCAGGGGGUACAGCAGCGGGACGCUCUUUAUCGAGUACAGGGGUAGGAAGGGGAGGAAAUGAAGGAGGUGGAGAAGUAGGUGGGGGCGUUGUGAGUACCCCUGAGCCUGAUCGUGGGAGUGUAAGAGAAGGGGAUUUUUCAAGGGCAAAUAACCCUUGGUCUGCGGAUGCCUUGAGUGAGUUACUAGAAGAAGAAGAGGGGGUCGACUUAGUUGAUAGAACAGGGUCUGGGAGGGAUGGAGGAGGGGAGUUGCACACAGUUGUUGGGUAUGGAGAUGUUGAGAGCACAGGAGGGGCGUUGGGGGUAGAGGAGCGGAUGACUGAUGGUGAUGCUGAUGCCGAUGCUGAUGCUGAUGUUGAUGAUGAUGACGACGUUCCCGGUGCUGGUAGUGCUGAGGAUGUUCGUGCUCCUACAGCUGCAGCAGAAAUGAGGAAGAGAGGAAGCAAGCGGGUUAGGUGGGAAGACGAUGCUGGUGACAAUGAUGGUGGCGAUGGUGAUGGUGCUGGUGAUGGUGGUGAUGGUGUGAAGAAGCGAAGGCUUGGACAACUCACUUGUGCCACAGAGGCUGUUGCUGUUGGUGUCACAGUAGGCACAUGCGCUGCCACCCCAGCCAGGGGAGCACUUUCACCAGCCACAGGUGCAGCCCCCAGCGCACCCACCGGCGUCUCUUCCCCCGUGCCCAUAGUCAUCGGCCUUGCCGCUCCCACUGAUCCCAAUGCCCCCGCCGCCCGCCACACCACCCUCCUCCACCUCCCCUCCCAAUCCCCACCAGCCACGGGUGCAGCCCCCAGCAUACCCACCGGCGUCUCUUCCCCCGUGCCCAUAGUCAUCGCCCUUGCCGCUCCCAACGAUCCCAAUACCUCUGCCACGCCUCACACCACCACCCUCCUCCACCUCCCCUCCCAAGCCGCCCCGGCUUCCCGAACCACAGUCCCUUGGCACUCCUUUCAGGGCGGCCUAGCCGCUCAAGCCACCCGAGCCGUCCAAGCCCAAGCCGCCCAAGCCGCCCAGGUCACGCCUCCCCCACAUUCCUCCAAAACGCCGCCGCCCAAGGAGGGGAAGGAUCGCCGGCCCCGCCAUUCCGUGCUGACGCCGGGGCAAGGCGGGCCUUCUGCCUCGUGCAGCGGGCCCUGCCGAACCUGCGCCAAGCCUACCUCUCCAGGGCUGCGCUGCCGGCUUGGGGCGUGCAACUGUACAGCGCGACAAUAUCAGGCACUAAGAAGAAGAAGAAGAAGAAGAAGAAGAAGAAGAAGAAGAAGAAGAAGAGGAGGAGGAGGAGGAGGAGGAGGAGGAGGAGGAGGAGGAGGAGGAGGAGGAGGAGGAGGAGGAGGAGGAGGAGGAGGAGGAGGAGGAGGAGGAGGAGGAGGAGGAGGAGGAGGAGGAGGAGGAGGAGGAGGAGGAGGAGGAGGAGAGGAGGAGGAGGAGGAGGAGGAGGAGGAGGAGGAGGAGGAGGAGGAGGAGGAGGAGGAGGAGGAGGAGGAGGAGGAGGAGGAGGAGGAGGAGGAGGAGGAGGAGGAGGAGGAGGAGGAGGAGGAGGAGGAGGAGGAGGAGGAGGAGGAGGAGGAGGAGGAGGAGGAGGAGGAGGAGGAGGAGGAGGAGGAGGAGGAGGAGGAGGAGGAGGAGGAGGAGGAGGAGGAGGAGGAGGAGGAGGAGGAGGAGGAGGAGGAGGAGGAGGAGGAGGAGGAGGAGGAGGAGGAGGAGGAGGAGGAGGAGGAGGAGGAGGAGGAGGAGGAGGAGGAGGAGGAGGAGGAGGAGGAGGAGGAGGAGGAGGAGGAGGAGGAGGAGGAGGAGGAGGAGGAGGAGGAGGAGGAGGAGGAGGAGGAGGAGGAGGAGGAGGAGGAGGAGGAGGAGGAGGAGGAGGAGGAGGAGGAGGAGGAGGAGGAGGAGGAGGAGGAGGAGGAGGAGGAGGAGGAGGAGGAGGAGGAGGAGGAGGAGGAGGAGGAGGAGGAGGAGGAGGAGGAGGAGGAGGAGGAGGAGGAGGAGGAGGAGGAGGAGGAGGAGGAGGAGGAGGAGGAGGAGGAGGAGGAGGAGGAGGAGGAGGAGGAGGAGGAGGAGGAGGAGGAGGAGGAGGAGGAGGAGGAGGAGGAGGAGGAGGAGGAGGAGGAGGAGGAGGAGGAGGAGGAGGAGGAGGAGGAGGAGGAGGAGGAGGAGGAGGAGGAGGAGGAGGAGGAGGAGGAGGAGGAGGAGGAGGAGGAGGAGGAGGAGGAGGAGGAGGAGGAGGAGGAGGAGGAGGAGGAGGAGGAGGAGGAGGAGGAGGAGGAGGAGGAGGAGGAGGAGGAGGAGGAGGAGGAGGAGGAGGAGGAGGAGGAGGAGGAGGAGGAGGAGGAGGAGGAGGAGGAGGAGGAGGAGGAGGAGGAGGAGGAGGAGGAGGAGGAGGAGGAGGAGGAGGAGGAGGAGGAGGAGGAGGAGGAGGAGGAGGAGGAGGAGGAGGAGGAGGAGGAGGAGGAGGAGGAGGAGGAGGAGGAGGAGGAGGAGGAGGAGGAGGAGGAGGAGGAGGAGGAGGAGGAGGAGGAGGAGGAGGAGGAGGAGGAGGAGGAGGAGGAGGAGGAGGAGGAGGAGGAGGAGGAGGAGGAGGAGGAGGAGGAGGAGGAGGAGGAGGAGGAGGAGGAGGAGGAGGAGGAGGAGGAGGAGGAGGAGGAGGAGGAGGAGGAGGAGGAGGAGGAGGAGGAGGAGGAGGAGGAGGAGGAGGAGGAGGAGGAGGAGGAGGAGGAGGAGGAGGAGGAGGAGGAGGAGGAGGAGGAGGAGGAGGAGGAGGAGGAGGAGGAGGAGGAGGAAGAAGAAGAAGAAGAAGAAGAAGAAGAAGAAGAAGAAGAAGAAGAAGAAGAGGAGGAGGAGGAAGAAGAAACGGGCGGUUGGAUCGGGGGUGGGGCGGUGGGCGAGACUGGAAGAGGCGAUGGGGCGUUGGGGGAGGAUGGGGGGAAGGAUGGGGGGAGGGAUGGGGGGAGGGAUGGGGGGAAGGAUGGGGGGAGGGAUGGGGGGAAGGAUGGGGCACCUCCGAAGGGCCCCUUUCCUGUGUUUCUGACGCUGGAAAUGGUUUCGGACAUGGGGAGGAAACUUGGGCCUGCUUUAGGCGUUUCGAGUGACUUUAGGUACGGCAUUGGGUGGGCAGAAGCGGUGCUGGCGCGAUAUAGGGUGAAGAAGACCGGGGUGGUUGGGGAAAUUGCGGGAGCAGGGGGAGAGGGAGUAGGGGGAGAGGGGGCAGGGGAAGGGGGACUGAGGUGGGAGAAUGGAGAGGGAGGGGAGGGGGAGAGGGCGGAGGGAAAUGAGGAGGCGGAGGAGGAGGAAGAGUCAGAUGGGGAGGAUGAUGAUGAUGGUAGCGACGAGGAAGAGGGAGAGGGGGAAGAGGGGGGCGAGGAGGAGGGAAACGAGGAAGGGGCGAACGAGGGGGAGUGUUGGGAUCCGGAUGUGUUGCAGAGGCGGUUCGAGGAGUCCCAAAACGCAGCUGCAUACAGCAGCAGAGAAGAGGACCCUGGGUUUGUCAGGGGAAGCCCGUCCUCCCUCGCGUCGCCUCUCAUGCAAUGCAUGCCCCUCUCUGCAGUGCCCCUGGUGGUGCAGCAGCAACAGAAGUACGUGCAGCAGCAGAAGCAGAAGCAGCAGCAGCAGCAGCAGCAGCAGCAGCAGCAGCAGCAGAAGCAGCAGCAGCAGCAGCAGCAGCAGCAGCAGCAGCAGCAGCAGCAGCAGCAGCAGCAGCAGCAGCAGCAGCAGCAGCAGCAGCAGCAGCCAGCCAAGGGGCAGGAAGAACCUCCUUCCUCCACCUCCACCCCACCCACCUCGCAUCCCCCGGCCCUACAAAUCGUCCUUGCCCUCCCCGCCCCAAACGCCCCUCCCAUUACCACCCCCGUCCACCACUCCUCACCUCCCGCGGACCCCUCUCAACCCAGCGAAACCACCCCAUCCCCCCAUGUGCGCAAGCGGAUACACGGCCCCCCUCUGCCCGUGCAGCUCCGGCGCUCCUUCCAAAUGACCACAAGCCAAAAGCGGGCGCUUUGCCUCGUCAUACACUCCGUUCCGAACCUCUCCAGCUUGUUUCUUGCCAAGGCUCUGCUGCAGGCUUGGGGAACGCCCGUGUUUGAGUCCAUGGUUCGGAAAAUCAGGAAUCAUAGAGACUGGUGGAUGAAUAUUCCGAAAGGGAAGGAGGAGGAGUUUAGAGUGAGAGGGAAGCGGUGGGAUUGGAAGAAGAGGAAGUAUUAUGCGGUGGAGGGCGGUGUGGAUGGGCGGGUGCAGUGUUUGAGGCUGGAAAAGGCGUUGCUGAAGUGGAUUGAGGCGAUAGGGGCGGGGGAGUUGGUGAGGAGAAGGGGGAUAAAGGAGGGUACGUUUGUGAUGGAAGGGGGAGAGGGGGGUGGGGAAGUGGAGGAAGGGAGGGGGGGAGAGGGAGGAGUAGGGGGAGGAGGAGGAGGAGGAAUAGGAGGAGGAGAAGAAGGAGGAGAGGGAGAAGAAGAGAGAGGAAAUGCACAGGGUGAGAGACCAGUGAGUUUACCAGUUAAGGUUGUGAAAGAUGGAGUGGUGGCAGAGGAUAAAUUGAAAUUUCCUGGGCGUUUAACGGUGGAGAUGCUUUUGGAUAAGGCAAAGGAGAUAGGCCCAACCAUAGAUGCCCCCUCUGACUUUGAAUACACAGAGGAAUGGGUGCUGGGGGUUCUAGAGCGGUAUAAGUCAAAGGCAGGGGGAGUGGGGACUGAGGGUGAUGGUGCAGGGGCCGAGCAGGAGAAGGGACAAGGGAGGAAUCAGCAGAGAGGAAGGAAUGCGCCCAACAAACCUCGUAACGAUCAGCAAUCAGCACCUAAGCCCUCAUACGAUCGGCAAUCAGACCCGUACGAUUUGGAGAAGUGGGCAGACGAUACCCAUGUGAAAUCGCUCAUGCAGUCACUUUACGGGCCGAAAUGGCUCCGUAGGUAUGCCUACCUGCGCUCUGUCAAGGAGGCUUCGGCUGCUGCUGUUGCUGCUUCUGCUGCUGGUGCUGGUGCUGCUGGUGCUGCUGGUGGCGCUGGUGCCACUAGUGCUAGUCGUGGUGAUGCUUACCCCGAACACACUGCAAGGCCGCCGGCCAAGCCUGCGCACACUGCUAGUGCUGCUGCUGGUGGUGGUAGUGGUGGUGCUGCUGCAGGCAAUGCUGCUCCGCUGCUGCCUACACCCUGGGCCAGUAAAGCCAAACUCCGGGCGUUUCUGGAGCAGGAGGAGUUUCAGAAGCAGCAGAGGUUUCAGGGGCAGCAGAAGUCUCAGGGGCAGCAGAAGUUUCAGGGGCAGCAGAAGUUUCAGGGGCAGCAGAAGUUUCAGGGGCAGCAGAAGUUUCAGGGGCAGCAGAAGUUUCACGGGCAGCUGAGGUUUCACGGGCAGCAGGCCCCAUGGGGCAGCGACGAUGAUUCUUGGGCAGAAGAGCCUCCAGACAACCGCCCUGAUUCUCCUGACUCAUUUCACUCAGUUCACUCUGUUGACUCUGUUGACUCGCGGGAUGCUCUUGAAGCUCUUGACUCAUGUGACUUCCCUUCCUUGCCGCCUCAAAGCGCGCCUCCUCCUCCUCCUCCUCCUCAGCACGCGUCUACGCAGCGCCAACGAGGGGCGUGGGGCAGGGAUGGGUCCUGGCCGGGUGCCUUUAACCGUACUUCUCCCAUGGCUGCUGGUAACGCCGCAACACAGCAGAGGCAGGGGUUUUCGGGCAGGGAGGAUGGUGGUUCAUGGUCCGGUGCCCUUCAUGUCCCUCGUGCUACUGGCGUCUCUGCCUCUCGUGCCGCUGCUAAUCUUAGGCUUCGUGUUCCCCCUGGUUUCCCCGGCUCCCGUGCUGCUGGCCCUCUUAACCCCUGUGCUCCUAACUUCCCUGGCACUCGUGCUCCUGUCAUGGGUUCGGAGGAGUGGCAGCAGUCGCUGCAGGGGCAGCACAGGUCGACUUUUGAGUCGACUCAAAAGUCAACUAUUGACUCGCGUGCUGCUGUCAUGGGCUCGGAGCAAUGGCAGGAGAGGCUGCAGAGACCAUUAGGCGGCGUUGGUUCUUGGGCAGGUGGUUUCACUGCCCCACCAUCCCUUGGUACCGGUCUCAACCGCUCUCCACCCAUGCCUGGACACGCUUUCCCUGGUUCCCAAGCAGCUGGUAUCACUCCCAAUGCGGGCCCUGCAGGCCCCACCACGCGUGCCAAGCGUUUGCCCAAGUGUGUGGUGAGACAGGAGCAGCGAGGAGGAGGUGGUGGUGGAGAGUGGUUGGGAGGGGUGCCUGGCGGUAGUGCUGCUUUUCUUUACUCCUCUCGGAACGCGUCUGCGUACAUGUAUGAGCAGGGAGAGAGGGCAUUUGGUGGUAGUGAGUGGGGUGAAGGAGUGGGAGGAGGGGGAGGAGCAGUGGGAUGGGGAGGAGGGGGAGGAGGGGAAGAUGCAGGACCAGAUUAUGGAAUUAGAGGGUUGGGUAAUGAGGAAUGGCAGGGAAAGAAGAGAAGGAUCGAAGAUGAGAGAGUGAGAAAGGAGAGAGUGAGAAAGGAGAGAGUGAGAAAGGAGAGAGUGAGAAAGGAGAGAGUGGGGAGGAAGGAGGGAGUGAGAGAGGAGCGGGAGCGAGAGGAGCGAGUGCAAAAGAAGGGGGAAAAGGUGAGAGAGGGGAGGGCACGAGAGAAGGAGAGGGUGAGAGAGAAGGAGAGAUGGAGAUCAGAGGGCGGUCGGUUUUUUGAAACAUCACAGUCGAAAAAAGCACUUCAAAAGAUGGGAAGGAGUGGGGCGAAGACGGGUGUUGAUUCGGCUGGUACGCAGGCUUUCGAGGCGCCUCAAAAGCAGCCUGAAAAGCGGUCUAAGAAACGAAACGCUUCCUUUCACACUGCAUGGGCCAUGCUGGUUGGUGGGGGCGCUGUUGGGGAGACUAAGAAAAAUGCUGAGGGUGGAGUUGAGACGACUAGAAACACCAUGCAGGUUGGUGGGGAUACAGGAGGGGAGACGGAUGGUGUGGGGAGAGAAACAGGGGGGCGGGCAGGAGGGGAGGGGGGCGAGAUGGGUGGCAGUGUUGGGGAGAUGGGUGGCAUUGACGGGGAGAUGGGUGGCAGCGACGGGGAGAGGGGCGGCAGUGAUGGGGAGAGGGGCGGCAGUGACGGGGAGAGGGGUGGUGGUGACGGGGAGAGGGGCGGCAGUGACGGGGAGAGGGGCGGUAGUGACGGGGAGAGGGGCGGCAGUGAUGGGGAGAGGGGCGGCAGUGACGGGGAGAGGGGUGGUGGUGACGGGGAGAGGGGCGGCAGUGACGGGGAGAGGGGCGGCAGUGACGGGGAGAGGGGCGGCAGUGAUGGGGAGAGGGGCGGCAGUGACGGGGAGAGGGGUGGUGGUGAUGGGGAGAGGGGCGGCAGUGACGGGGAGAGGGGCGGCAGUGACGGGGAGAGGUGUGGUGGUGACGGGGAGAGGGGCGGCAGUGACGGGGAGAGGGGUGGCGGUGACCCAGUCUUGAUGACUCGCAAUGGCGGGGAAAAUGGUGGAGAUGAAGGGGAGAGAGGUGGUGGGGAAGGGGAGAGUGAUGGUGGGAGAGGGGACAAGGAUGGUGGGAGAAGAAAGAGGGGCCGUGGGGGAGGGGAAAAUUAUAGCAGGGGAGGGGACAGGGAUGGAAUUUUUAGGGUAAAGAGCGGGAAAGGGAAUGGGGAAGAGCGGGGUGGUAAUGGGCAGGAGAGUGGUAUGAAUGGGCAGGAGAGGGGUGGGAAUGGGCGAACAGCAGACGUGAUUGAGGUGUCAGUGAAGGAAGAGGACUUGAGUGGCGGUUCAAUAAAAAAAGAGAGUGAGGAAGAUUCGAAAGAGAUAGAAGAGGUGAGGAGAAGGAGAGGGAGAGUCAGGAACAGGAAAGGCAAGAAGGUCGAGAGUGAGAGUGAGGAGGAUUCAGGUGGUGAGGAGUUAAGAAGAGGGAGGAGAAGGGGGAGGAGACGAGGGAGGAGAAGAGGGAAGAGGAAAGGUGGCAAGGGUGCGGAUGAGAGUGAGAGUGCGAGUGAGGAGGAUUCAGAUGACGUAGUGGAGGUAAAGGGAGGAGGGAGAGGAGGAAGGAGGAAGGGUGGGAAGGGCGAGAGUGAGAGUGAGAGUGAGAGUGAGAGUGGGAGCGAGAGUGGGAGUGAGAGUGCGAGUGAGGAUGAUUCGGAUGAUGUGGUGGAGGUGAAGCGAAGAGGGGGGAGAAGUGGGAGCAGGAAAGGCAGGAAGGGGAGGAAGAGGGAUGGGAGGAGUGGAGGGAAGAGGAGACGGAGAGAGCGGGAGAGGGGGAGAGAAGGCGUACCAGCAUCCUCUGCAGCAGUUGAAGCAAUAGAGGCUCUGGUGGCGCAGGCAGCAGCGCAGGCUGCAUCUGGGACAGGCUUACCUCUUCCCGCCUCAGUCACACCUGAAAAGGCUGCUGCUGCUCUCACUGCCGCCAUUGCAGCUGCCACUGCAGUUGCAAGUGGCGGUAACAGUACUCUUGCUCCGGGGGUUGGUCCACCCGGUGUUGCUGGUGGUGCGGCUUCUAGAGCGGUUUCAACCGGUGCUGCUGGGUUAGGAGGUGCUGGGCUGGGCCAGUUACUGAGCGCGCUAACUGCUGGUAAUAUGCUGAAUGCUGGUGGACUGUUCAACGCUGGGGGGGUGCUGAGGGCUGGUGGAGCUCCGAAUGCUGCAGGAGGAGGGAGGGGAAGAAACACACAUGUUGCUGGUAUUGCUGCUGCUGGUGCAGUGGGUGAUCAGUUUGCCGCCCAGUUAUAA